GGGAGGCGGAGUCUCAAGCGGCAUUGCGUGAAGUUUUUUCCCCCUCCUCGGGAGCAGAGCGAAUGGGCGACGGGAGGGAGAAACACGCUGAGCAGUGAAUUAGCGGCGUGCCCUUCUUCUCUGCCUGUCUCUUCGGUGUUGUCAGCCCGGUUAAAUUAAUUACUCCAGGAACGGAAGCUGCUGCCGAGUGCAGGUUAGAUGCAAUUGACGACGAUGCCAUAAUCCACAAGGCCCAAACUAUUUGAGCUCGCGAUACGGCUCAACCAAGGCUGGGUUUCUGCCAAGCUCUAAACCGGUCACCUUGAACCCCUGCUGCCCGCUCUAUAGCUAUUCAGCCACGUAAUGUGGCGGAGAAACCGGCAAGAGUCUUUCACCAAGCGAAUCUGCAGGCGUUGGAAAUCUUAAGGAACACACGCAGUCUGCUGGGUAAACUCAGCAAGUCAGUCAGCAUCUACGGAGGGGAAUAAAGAGUGGACGUUUCAACCUGAGACCCUUCAUCAGGAUUUUUCCUUUUCACAUUUGGAAUAUUGCACCACAGACUGCACAGACCCCCUUUCCGAUGGUCCAAGGCUGUUGGUUAAAAACACUGGAGCAAGCCGAGCAGGGACUUUGAACUUGCACCACUUCUUGGUUGGAUUUCAGCGGAUGUCCGAGGGGUGAAAGGGCGUGAUGGGAGCCAGUGAAGACGAGCUGAUUGGAAUCCCGUUCCCUGAGCACAGCAGUGAACUCCUCAGCAGCCUCAACGAGCAGAGACACAAGGGGCAGCUCUGUGACGUGACCAUCGUGACCCAGGGUCUGGAGUACCGCACCCACCGGGCCGUGCUGGCCGCCUGCAGCCGCUACUUCAAGAAGCUCUUCACGUCCAAGCCUUUCAGCGGACAGCGCAACGUCUGUGAGCUGGACUUCGUCAAGCCCGAGGUGCUAGGUGCCCUGCUGGAGUUUGCCUACACCGCCACGCUAACCAUCAGCAGCUCCAAGAUGAGGGAUGUGCUGCAGGCUGCCCGCCUGCUCGAGAUACAGUGCGUCACCGACGCCUGCGCCGACAUCCUGCGCAGCAAUGGCGGAGGGGAGGAGUGUGAACGGCCGGACCCUGAGCCGGCCGCUGCCCAGGAAUACCCAGGGCCGGUGGGUUACGCUGAGGGCCACGGGGACCCCGUUCCCGGCAGCCCUGUUGGACUGGCGGAGCAGCAGGGCAGUGAAGCCCUGCCCGUGUUCCGGCGACGGCAGCGCAAGAGGCCGAAGAAGACCCCGCGCAUCUCGCUGGGCCACCGGGGCAGUCUGUACCGCAUCAUCCAGCCCCUGCGGACCACCAAGAACAACGUGCUGAGGGCCAGCGGUCCGGAGGAGGCGCCGGUUGGGGUGGGCGAAAGCUACGUGCCAGCGCUGGAGGAGGAUGUGGAAGAGGUGGCGGAGGAGGAAGAGGAGGAGGAGGAGGACUUGGAGAACGAGGACUUGGAGGGUGCAGGUGCCCGGUUCGUGGUGCCCGACUUCCUGCCAUCCCCUUCCCCAGCGGAGCGGAUCGCGAGCGGAAUGGACCUGGAGCAGGACUCCACGCCGUACCUGGCCUCGCCGGACGACGGGCUCCUGGGCACUGGGCUGGGCUCACCCGACAAGCUGGUGCGCAGGCGCAAGUCACAGCUGCCCCAGGAGUGCCCCAUCUGCCACAAGGUCAUCCACGGGGCGGGCAAACUCCCACGGCACAUGCGCACCCACACCGGUGAGAAGCCGUUCGCCUGCGAGGUGUGUGGUGUACGGUUCACCAGGAACGACAAGUUAAAGAUCCACAUGAGGAAGCACACGGGCGAGCGCCCCUACAGCUGCAAUUGCUGCGAUGCUCGCUUCCUGCACAGCUACGACCUGAAGAACCACACCAGGCUCCACACCGGCGACCGGCCCUUCGAGUGCAGCCAGUGCCGCAAGGCCUUCGUCCGCCUCGACCACCUGCAGCGCCACCUCAAGGGCCAGAACUGCCUGGAGGUCCGCACCCGCAAGCGCAAGGGAGAGCCGGAGGGGAGCGUUACCAGCGCAAACGGCGCCUUCGCGCACGACCAUGGCGCCGCGAGGCGGCUGCUGGAAGCAGACGGCGGCCUGGCGGUGGAUUUCGGCGUGGGCAAUGGCAGCCUGCUGAUGGACAGGAGCUUUGACCCCGAAUGGGGUCACGUGAGCACCUCGUGGGGUCAGGAGCCGGCAACAGAUUCUUCGUAAUCUUGCAGAUCAGAGAUUUAUUUUUAUAAGCGGAAUGCAAGCCCCCUCACUGCAUCAACGCCUCCGCCUUCCCGACAGCAUAAAAAGAAAUACCCAGGGGCUGUAACCAGGCAGAGUUCCCUAAUGCUCUUAGUCACAGGCUCCCACCCUUGCUGCACUUUUCUCUUGUCUCAUUUUGGUGCUUAGAGGCAACCAGCCUUUCUUUCCGUUCCAUACAUCCAAAAGUUUCCCUCGCCCAUCCCGCUGAGAUUCCCCGAGCACAGGUUUGGGGGCAACGCGUGGUGGGGGAGAAGGAGGGAGACGCUCUUGCCUUAAUGCAGGGCAGCGCACGACAAAGCUGGAGGGUUAGGACGGAAAUGGUCCUCACCCCCAUUUCCUACUGGAUUCCUCCGGUCGCUGCUCCCGAUUUCCAGCAUCUGCUGUCUCUUGUGGCUUUUUUAAUGUGGGGCACCGUGCGGACAGGUCCGUCAUCGUAUUGUCAGAGGAUGUGUUUCCUGGUGCCCCCCCCCCACUUUGCCCGGAUUCAAGUGCGGCCCUGCCCUCUGCAAUAGAUCGUAAAGCAAAAUAGCUAAUUAAUUAUGAUGUAAUUGAUCAUUCAAAUAACACAAGUGAAUCCACAAGUCUGUCACCUUGCUGAGCGGUGACUGAAAUAGACAUAGAUUUGAAGGAUUAAUAUAUAUCUAAAUUAUAAAUAUAUAUAUAAAUAUAUUAAAAAUAUAAAUUUUGCAGCCCAAUGCGCGUGUGUGCGUGCGCGCAUGUGCGCGAGUGUGUAUAUCAGCACAUUUUAGCAGCGACCUAUUUAAAUUCUGAUCAGGAAUGGAAUCUUUUAAUCAGUCAGAGGUGUCAGACUCCUGUAUAUAUGUACCAUUUUAAGUUUGUUUGUUUGCUGUGUACUGCUGCAUCUUUUUUAACCAACUGCUCUUUCUUCAGCUUCCCCUUUCCCCAUGCCUCCUGCCCCUCUCCAAGGCCAGAACUUCUCUGUCUUUUCCUAGCUGGGUCACAGCUGGACCCUCCUCCCCCCACCCACCGAUGGCGUGACAGACUGUUUACCGACCACUGUGAUAUCGGAUUAGAACCGAGAUUGUUAGCUGCCUCUGAAGGAGUAUCGCCACGCAAGCUGUCCACGUGCACUUUGGUACCAACCUGUAGGCCAAUAGAUUUGGGAUAGUGCAAUAUUAUCAUAGCACAGAGAAAGGCUGCUCGAUGGUUGCCAGAGCCUCUAGUUAAUUGCUUCUCCCUCUCCUCCUGAUUACACUGUCCUUUCACAGAUUAUUCCACGACCCCACCGAGCUUUGGUUUCUUUCGCAGUGCUUAAAAUACUCUGCAGAUCAGCCAGCGUCUGUGUGGAAAGCACUGUUCCCUCUGAGCAGCGCAAUAAUGCUCCCGCACACGUAGCCUUUGUUGGUAUUUUUGUAUCAUUAAAGUGGCGCACAGUUUUCAGCUUUCUGCUCAGAGCAAUGGUUAGUCCGUGCAGCUGUUUAAAAAUAAUAGAGGGAAUGUUGGAAAGAGUAUCAGAGUGAACAUUUCACUUUUGUGUGGGUUUUCAUUUAAUCAAAUAGCUUUAAUUCUGUCUCCUCUGGGACCCUGGACCAAUUCCCUAAGCACAACUUGCGGCUCCGUACUCAGGGUGUAGAGGGCAGCACAGUAACGUAGCAGUUACCACAGUGGUUUUACAGCCCCAGCGAUCAAGGAUCUAUUCCCACGCCCUCUGUAAGGAGGUUAUACAUUCUCUCUGUGACUGUGUAGGUUUCCUCUCACAUUCCAAAGACAUACGCAGGGUUAGUGAGCUGUAGGUGUGCUGCGUUGGCACCAGAAGUAUGGCAACGUUUGCGGGCUGCCCUCAGCACAUCCUCGGACUGUGUUGGUCAUUGAUGCGAAGUGACGCUUUUUACUGUAUGCUUCGAUGUACCUGUGACAGACAAGCUCAUCUUUCAUCUUUAAAUGAACAGGAGAUGUAAAUUAACGUUUCAGAUUGAGAGUCUGCAUCAGAGCCAGAGAAUACGAGAUUCUGCAGAUGCAGGUCUGAUGAAGGGGCUCAUCCCAAAACGUCCACUGUCUAUUCCUCUACACUGAUGUUGCCCUACCUGCUGAGUUCCUCCAGCACUUUGUGUACGUUGUACUGGAAUCCCAGCCUCUCGCGUGUUUCCUCUCCGAGUUACUGUGGAGGCUACCCCACCCCCCUUCCUGUCCUGAUGAUGUGUCUCAGCCCAAAACAUAGACUGUUCAAAGUAAGUUUAUCAGCAAAGUACAGACACGUCACCCUGAGUUUACUUUUCGAGUGGGCAUACUCAGUAAGUCUAUAGAAUAAUAACCACAACAGAAUCCAUGAAAGACUGCCCUACUUGGACAUUCAACCGCUGUGCAAAAGACAACAAAUUGUGUAAAUACAAAAAGAAAGAAAUAAUAAUAAAUAAAUAAGCAAUAAAUAUCGAGAACAUGAAAUGAAGAGUCCAUUGGUUGUGCGAACAUUCCCCUCCAUAGAUGCUGCCUGACUUUUGUCUGUUGCUGGAGCCUCUGUGGUCCUCCCUGCUAAUGUUUUCACUCCUUGCUGGUUCUGAUGAAGGUUUUCACCCUGAAGCAAUACCUCUGCAUCUCUUCAUAGAUGCCACCCAAACAACUCAAUGUUUGCACCAUGUUGCUGUUCGAUAACAGAAACAGUUCCUCCCUCUCUGUUCUGUUAACUCUCCCUUUAACCUUCACUGCUUCAAGGACAACAAACAAGCCCCUCCAAACGCUUUAUCCCUGGUGAUUCUUGCCCAAGGGCAAAGUGGAAACCUUCCCCCUCCCGUCAUACCCACAUGACUCACAAGAAGGCGAGACCCCAGAGGUUUGGGAGACAGAGCUUGGUAGCUGGUCUUGCUCUCCAGCCGCAUUGGAAUUGAAUAGGCGAAGGGACUGCUGAUGGUUAGAUCGCAGAGGGAAGAAUCCCGCACUGGCCGGGUGACUGAGCUGAACGUAGGCCCACUGUUCAGAGCAUUCCCACUUUCCGCACUGGGUGUCGGCGCCUCUCUGUCAUGGCAGCAGACCACAGUUUGCCACGUCUCCACUUGUUAGCAUAUUUGCUUCACGGCCCCAGCGACAGGGUUUUGUCAGCCUCCAGCUGGUCUUGAGCCUUUCCACAGCUCGGCACCUAAAUACACCACUCCACUCUCCAGUAACCCCACCCCUCAGCUGGGCAGGGGAAAGCCAGUCUUCUCCCUCUGGCCUGGCAGUGUGAGCUGAUCCUUUACCUCAAUUUCCCCUGGUGGUUACAAAUUCUUGGCUUCCAAUGUUUACUGAUUGUGAUUUGCCACCUCAGGGUGAUCAAAGAUCAGUAAUUCUCCUCGUCCUAUGGUGCCUGUGAUUUCAGCCUAGAAUCAUGGAGCGCAACAGCACAGAGAGAGGCCCUUUGCUCCUUUCUGUCUAGUCCCUUCGGCCGGCCCUGGACCAUAGUGCUCCAAACCUCCCAUCCACCAUAUCCAAACUCCUCAAAUGACUAGAUACAAAAGCAAGGAUGUCACACUGAGGCUUGAUAAGGCAUCGGUCAGACCACUCGUGGAGUAUUGUGAGUGGUUUUGCUUUUCUGAGAAAGGAUGUGUUGGCAUUGGAGAGGGUCCAGAGGAGGUUCACGAGAAUGAUUCUGGGAAUGAAAGGGUUAAUGAGGAGCAUUUGAUGGCUCUGGGCCUGUACUCACUGGACUUUAGAAGAAUGAAGGGAGAUCUCAUUGAAGCCUAUGAAUGUUGAAAGGCCUGGAUAGAGUGGGCAGGGAGAGGAUGUUUCCCAUGAUGGAGUCCAGGACCAGAGGGCACAGCCUCAGAGUAGAAGGAUGUCAGAAGAACGGAGAUGAGGAGGAAUUUCUUUAGUCAGGUAAUAGUGAUUCUGUGGACUUUAUUGCCCCGGGCGGCUAUGGAAGCCAAUUAAUUGGGUGUAUUUAAAGCAGAGUUUGAUUAGUAAGUUCAUGAAAGUUUCUGGGGAGAAGCCAGGAGAAUAGGGUUGAGAGAGAUAAGAAAUUAGCCAUGAUGAAAUGGUGGAGCUGGCUUGAUGGGCAGAGUGGCCUAAUUCUGCUCCUGGCCCUACGGUCUGAAACGUUUCAGUGGAACCCACAUCCACUACGUCCAUUGGCAGCUCGUUCCACACACAUACCACCUGUGAGUGAAGGAGUUAGAGCCGGUCAACCCACCUGAUGUCACUAGCCUCCGAUUGCCCCUCCACCCCCGACAACCACCAUACUCCUUUGCCUUUUGCCCUCGCAUAGACGAUACCGCACAGAAACAGGUCCUCCAUCACCAAGCGGUGAAUAUGUUCCCAUCUCUCCUCCAGUGACGUCCGCGUGCCCCGCUUCCCGAUCGCUCUGGGAAAAGUUCCCUUGAAUACCCUCACUUGAUGCGUUAGGGAUCAUCCUGAACGUUACGAAGAAUCACACUUCUGAAGUAUAUUGAAUUACUCAAAACGUGUCAUCGCACACGCGAACGUUCAGUUUGUUGGCCAGGGGGUGGCACGGCAGCUAGUGAGCCGCUGUCGGUAAGGAGUUCGUAUGGACCCCCGCCCCCGAUUGCCCGGGUUCUUCCACGUUCCAAAGACGAGCAUGUCAGUAGGUUAAUUGGUCACAUGGUUGUCAUUGUGCUGGGCCGGGAGGGCCCAUUACCAUGGUGUUCACCAAAUUAAAUAAAUACUAGCUCCACUUUGUUAGAUUAUCCUAAUAGUCUGAUGUCAGUCACUCCACCCACUCACACAUGCUCCUCUGGGUCACCUCCUGGGCGUGACUUCCUACCUGAAGGGUCUAAUUAUUCCUCUCUGGCCCCUUUCCUCUCUCAUCUUAAACCUACGAUCUCCAAUUCUCAGUUCCCCAACCCUGGGAGAGGACUGAGUGCAUUCACCUGCCAUGAUUUUACACACUUCCUUAAGAUCAACUCUCAGUCAAGGAAUAAGGUCCUCGCUUAUCCAACCUCUCCCUGUCUCAGUGUGUGUGUUCUUUAGUUGGUCGCGAGGCUGGCAGAGAAUCUCCCACAUUCCCAGGGCUCACAAAUAUUGGGGUCUGGGUGAACAAGAAUCAUGGUCCAGUUUGCUGGAGAUUAGGAGAGUAGGAAAAGAGCCCCUAAAUUUGUGUACCUUGUGCAGGUGCCUAAUUCCGGUUCUGUUGCAGUUCUGUAUCAUUUCACUGGGUGGCAGCACUUGAUGCCUUUUUGGAGGUUUAAACUAAGUUUAAAACUUGUUCGUUAACAAUCUUAGGCAGAAAAAAAACAGGCUAGAGAACUGUGGCUUUUACCCCCUUUGCUAUAAUGAUGUUUAUUUAAGGAGGUGAAAAUGUUAUGUGUAGAGUAACCAUUUCAUAUCCACAGGCAAUAAUGCCAGUUACUUCACUGUCAUUGGCCCUGAGGGAACGGGGCACUUUGAGGGUCACGCACAUAGAAGGAAUCUCCUAUCAGAUUUUUCCUCCUCCAGCUUGUUACCUUUCCCAUCUAUCACCUCCCAGCUUCUCACUUCACCUUCCUCCCCACCCCUUCAGGGGAUGUUUACUCCUCCCCACCCCACAGCAGCUAACCCCUGCCCCACAUUCCUUCCGUGUCCUCCUCAUUCCUGGUCCUCAAUGCCCCAUCUGGAACCUCCCUCCCUAAUUCUCCACGCCUCCAUUGCCUCCUUCCUCAUACUCCAAAUCCCCUCCCCAAAGUACUGAUACCACUUUUGUAUUGCUGUUUCUCUCACUCUAGCAGCUGUCCGCCCCCCACUUCAAUUCCUUCCUCACCCACCCCAUCUCCUCCUAUCUGCCCCACCCCCUUUUCCACUCACCCUCUGCCUCCCAGCUCCUCUCCCCUACCUGCUGGUCAUUAAUUGCCCCUUCUCAGUCCACAUCACCUUGGAAUGCUUUCUCCCCACUCCCCCUCUCUUUAUACCGGUCCCCCCUACCUGAAACAUCCACCAUUCCCUUCCUCCCCACAGGUGCUGCUCGACCCACUGAGCCUGUUAACUAGCCGAGAGCAUGCCCCUGUGCCAGUGGUGCCAUCUAAAUAAGCAACCGCAUCCCAUGACUACACCUACAAGAAGAACACCCACCUCAGAUUCUAUUCUAUAACAGUCCAAGGUCAAGUUUAUUGUUGUCUGCUUGUCCAUAUAUUCAACUAAACAAAACAACCUUCCCCCGGACCAUAGUGCACCCAUAAAACAUGUCACACACAGCACAUAAAAUAAAAUAUGAUCACAAUUAGUUCAUAAAAUAUAAUCCAAAAUGCACGGGAAGUGUUCAGCACGGGUACACAGCAAGCAGCUCGCUGUCCGAGUGACGAGACCUCAGUGGUGGUGGGGUACUCAUCAGCCUCACAGCCCGAGGAAAGAAACUGUUACCCAGUCUGGCAGUCGAGUCCUGAUGCUCCUGUACCCCCUUCCUGAGGGUAGUGGGUGAGAGAGGUUGAGGGAUCCUUUGUAUACAAAGUCACCAGUGGGGGAGGGAGGCCCGGAUGGUCCUCCCGGCAGCUUGUGCUAAUCUCUGUAGCGACUCUUUAGGGGUGUUGUUGAUCAGUUUAUUCCAAGAUCCUUCAGUACUAAACUACUGUCAUGACUGUUCUUCCUGGACUGAGGCAGGUACAAUAUCAAAUUUGAAAAGGGAGCUGUACAGGUGCAGGGAUUGGAAAGGUUUAGAGUGAAUGUGGCCAAAUGGGACUUACUUAUAUGGGUCCCUUGCUUUUGGCAUUCACCAGCUGGGCUGAAGGGCCUGUUUCUGUGCUGUGUUCUUGUACAUCAGUCAAUGAAAGCAAGCAUGCAGGUACAGCAGGCAGUGAAGAAAGCUAAUGGCAUGCUGGCUUUUAUAACAAGAGGAAUUGAGUAUAGGAGUAAAGAGGUCCUUCUGCAGCUGUACAGGGCCCCCGUGAGACUACUGUGUGCAGUUUUGGUCUCCAAAUUUGAGGAAGAACAUUCUUGCUGUUGAGGGAGUGCAGCGUAGGUUCACAAGAUUAAUUCCUGGAACGGCGGGACUGUCAUAUGUUGAAAGAUUGGAGCGACUGGGCUAGUAUACACUGGAAUUUAGAAGGAUGAGAGGGGAUCUGAUUGAAAUAUAUAAGAUCAUUAAGGGAUUGGACACGCUGGAGGCAGGAAGCAUGUUCCUGCUGAUGGGUGAGUCCAGAACUAGAGGCCACAGUUUAAGAAUAAGGGGUAGGCCAUUUCGAACAGAGAUGCGGAAAAACUUUUUCACUCAGAGAGUGGUGGAUAAGUGGAAUGCUCUGCCCCAGAAGGCAGUGGAGGCCAAGUGUCUGGAUGCAUUCAAGAGAGAGUUAGGUAGAGCUCUAAUAGAUAGUGGGGUCAAGGGAUAUGGGGAGAGGGCAGGAACGGGGUACUGAUUGUGUAUAAUCAGCCAUGAUCACAGUGAAUGGCGGUGCUGGCUAGAAGGGUCGAAUGGCCUACUCCUGCACCUACUGUCUAUUGUAUAGCCCAAUGAAUUCAUCUGGUUUCUGUUUGGCUAUUUCUAUUUCUACAUGGUUAGUUCAACCAUUACACCACCUUAUAACUCAAGGGUGGCAAAAACUUUGCUGGUGGGCAGCAUGCAGUGUCACCCCUUGAUUCUUUAAAACCCCCACCCAUAAUAAAAAGAUUUAUAAUGGUUAUAUUUGCUGCCAAAUAAAGCAGUGAGUGACAUUUUACAACCUGAGAGCAGUGAGGUGUUUUCAUGGGAAAUUUCUCAUGCUGGGUUGGUGCCAGGUAGACGGUUGUGAGAGCACGUGACGUUGGAGGACACGUUUUGAAAUCCUUACAGACCUGGUGUACCCAUCAGUAUUUGGAUAGUAAAUGGUUAUAAUAAGAGUACUAUUCAGAAAUGAUGUUUUCUUUCCAAUCGUCUUUUUAUAUGAUUAAUUAUUUUUGAACAGGUUUUCUAAAAUAUUUAUUUCAGUCCUUCUCAGUUACACGUUUAUUAACAGUAAAAUAAUGAAUAUAGAUAAAUAGGCAACAGGACUCACCCUUUUUCCUUAAAAAGUUCCUAAUUAUUGUUACUAAUUCAUUAAUCAGUGAUUGUCUCUGCUCAAAUUUACCAUGGCAGGUGAGAGAAUUUUCAGAAGAUGCUGUCCAAAAGGUUCAGUGCCUCUCCCUGUCCUGUCCUGGUCUUGCCACACCAGUAAUGGUGCAGCAGUCUUGAUUCUGUAGUUCAGGAGGGGAUCUCUACGACAAAGGUUGUUUCAGAUGGACAGAGCGUAGGAUGUCUCAUGGUACUAUUUUUUUAAAAAUACAUGACGCUGUGGGUUCAACCCUGAGGCCUGGCAUUCUGUGUGAGUGUGUGUUUGUGUAUAGAGUUUGCACAUUCUCCCUGUGACCGUAUGCUGUGGUUUCCUCCCACAUCCCAACAUGCGGGGUCGGUGGGUUCAUCAGCCGCUGUAAGUUACCCCCCUUGUGUGUGAGGGGUAGAAAUGGGGGGAGUUAAUGAGAAUGAAAGGGGAAUAAAAUGGGGAUGGUUUAGACCAGGGAUUCCCAACCUGGGGUCCACACAACUCUCAGUUAAUGGUAAGGGUCUGUGGCAUGAAAAACAUUGGGAACUCCUGGUCUAAAUGGUCAGUACAGACUCAGCGGGCAGAAGGGCCUUCCUCCGCAUUGUGUGACUGUCAACAAAGACAGCUCCUUAUCCCUCACAGUCGGAGGGACACAGUGCUGUACGUUGGAUCUUGCUAAGCUUUCCGCAUUGGCUGUGUGGCAAAGAUAAAUCCUGGAAGGGUUAUGGAAGGUGCCUAUGAAAAUGGGGUAAAUCUUUCCUCCAGAGGCCAAGCCCUUGGUCAAUGCAAAGAGAUGGGAUACCAGGGAAGAGAAUGGUACAGCCCAUUGCAGGCCCUUCAGCCCACAACAUUGUGCUGACCCUUCUGAUCAAUUGAACCCUUCCUUCCUAAAUAGCCCUCCAUUUUUUUGUCAUCUGUAUGCUUACCUAAGAGUUUCUUAAAUGUCUUUAAUAUUUCUGCCUCUACCACCACCCCUGGCACCCACGCACCCAGCACUCUCUGUGUAAAAAAAAACUACCUCUGACACCCCCCUUAAAAUUAUGCCAUCUUCCCUGCGGGGAAAAAGGUCUAUUACCAUCCACUCUAUCUAUGCCUUUUAUCAUCUUGUACACCUCUAUGUCACCUCCUUCACUCCACAGAGAAAGGCCCUAGGUCGCUCAACCUAUCCUCAUGCUCCUUAAUCCAGACAGCCUCCUGGUAAAUGUCUACAGCUUCCACACCCUUGCUGUAAUGAGACUGAACUUGAUACUCAGUUUGGGAAUGGGGAAAUUGGUGUCACUCAGGUAACCCUGGUCUUCCCCUUCAACCCACAGUGCCUGUCGUCUCCCUUGCCACCCCCCUUCAGCUGUUGACUUAGACCCGGGCCGCUAGACCUUCUCUUUAGUGGUGUGACGUCGCCGGCUGGUUUGUAAAAUCACUUUGCUCCUCUGCUGAGCACCAGCCCAGUGUUGAAACCUUCGCAGGGUGAGAGGGAGUCGUGUCGUUGACGCCGGGUGACCCAGACAUAAGCAAGGUGAUACUACGUGCAGGUGGCCAUGUCACUAUUCCUAUGAUGUCCGCCAGGACUCUACGUACACCCAAAUGGUGACAGAGCAGAGCCCUCCCCGGGGAACCAAGAACCAGGAAGGGGUGGAUAGAAGGGAGUUUAGGAGCCUGAGCUAGGGUCUUGGGUCUUUCCCUCUCUAAACCAGACGGCUGGAAGGGACUGAGUAGGGGGAGGAGGAGACAGAUUCCUGGCCGCUGCCUCCGGGAACUGUCGGACGCAGAGUACGCAGGAUCCUUCGAAUCUCGAGUUGGAAUUCUUUGGAGAAACCCCAUGUGUCAGUUGAAGCCGACUUUGCCUGACGAUGACGACAUCCUUGUUCACCAGAGUUGCUCCCUUGGCUAUUAGCAUCGGUCCAAAGAGGAAACUGGGGUGUCUGGACCAAAAUGGAGAUGAUUGUAAAAAAAAAACACUGAAAUCACUGACUCGAUGGGUGUUUGGAUCCAGUCGACCUACAAGCUCAAACUGAGGUCAUUUAUCCUCAAUGCUAGUGGUACCUGGCUGUAUGACUAUGUGAUUCUUGCACUAGUUCACCCCAUUAGAUGAUCAAUUAGCACUUUAGACAAGGUAAUGGGAAGAUUGUUUUAUAUUACAUGUGUUAAGUGUGUAGAUAUCUUUCUCCCUCCCCCUUCCUUCUCAUGCCCUCUCUUUCUCCCAGAAAUGAUUCAAUGCACACCUGAAAUUAUUUUAUUCUUCACCUGGCAUGUGUGCUGCACAUCUUGUGGCCCUGUAAAAUCUGGAAGGGGAAAUUCAGGGCUGGCAGGAUGUAUCUCAAGACAUUCCUUUGGGAUUUUGUUUCCCCCUCCUUUCGAAAAGAUAUUCCACUUUAGUUUUUCAAAGGAAACUUGUGUUCUUAAGAAUGCACUCAUUUGUAAUGCAGGAAGACUUAUUUUGUGUGCUGUCCUAAUGGCUGUAAAUGUUUUAAAAGAAUGUGCCUUAAUAUGGUGUUCUGUACAUUUUCUGAUGGGAGCGGAAAUAAAUUGGAUUUAUUGAUCUUGG